AUGUCAAGACUAGACGCCAUGGACGAGGAGUAUGCCGAGCUGGUAGAGCAGGGCAAGAACUUGCAAGCUCUCCUCCUCCUCGAGAAGACGUCCCUCCUCCGCAGAGAGACUCUCGGCAUCGACCACCCUGAUGUCCAGAGGUCCCUGCAAGUCCUUGUCAUGAGCUACAAUGGACUCAGCAUGGCGGCAGUGCGAUCAGGGGGCAUGGAGGUGGCAUGGGAGCUUCUGAGGAAAGCAGAGAGACUGGCAGGAGAGAAAAGUUUGUUGAGGAACAAGGAGGUCAAGAGCAGGCUGCUUGCUGUCACCUACAACAACCUCGGAUGCUUCUACAGGGCGAGAGGAAGCCUGCAUUCCGCGCUAAAGGCACUGGACAGAGCUCUGUGGAUCGAGAUGUCUUGCAGCGAGGUCGACAACCCAGCAGCCACUCACCUCAACAUUGCCGCUGUACUGUCACAGCUGUCGAAACACCGUGCUGCCUUGGAGCAUAUCGACUGUGCCCUUCAGCUGCUAGAGAGAGGUGACGAGCGAUUCACAUGGGCCCUUUCCCUCCUCCUCUUCCUCCUUGUCGCAUUCCGUCCCCCCGCGUGCUCCUGA